UCUUCUCCAAAUGUUGUGAAUAAAAUGCGCCGUUUGUUACACCCCAGCGGCGCGGGCGGUUCUUAAAGGGCCAGAGACCUGGGGCCACGGGCACCCUCUUCACUUCUCCCAGCUCAGCUGGGUACCCAGGGAGGCUCGUAGCUCGCCCGGAGCGUAGAAGAAAACAAAGAAGCAACCGGAAACAGCCGCGACAGCUGUGGGGGGCGCGGGCACAGGGCCCAGAGCGGGCGCCCACGAACAAAAAAAAGAGAGAGAGGAAGGGGGUGUUAUUUAGGUGCAAUUGCACCGAGAGCAGUCAGUAAAGCAGAUCCCAAAGAACUGGGGCACUGUCGUGUUUGAAGUCUGAGAUCCAGCGUCCCCUUUUGCCUUGCCAACAUCCCCAAUGCGACCAUGGGAACUGGCAGUGAAUAGGUGGCCUCCUUCUGUCCACUUUGACCAGCGACGAUUCUCAGGGGGAAGUUGUGAUAAUCCAGCACACCUCAGGAGAAGCCCUUCUUCCCGGCACCACUGGGGCCGACGCGAGCGACCUCUGCAAAGUCUCCUAGUCCAGGAUGAGAACUCCUUGCACCCGGCUUUUUUCCAGCAGCCACAGCCACAAGUCCCUGUAGAUGAGCACCCGGCAUACGUUCUGGCUAAUACGUCGCCACGAAUGCUUCACCCGGCUGCACAUCCACCCCACCAGCAUCCAUUCAUGGUGGAUCUCCAUGAGCAGGUGCAUCAGGGAGCCAUCCCUCUCUCCUACACGGUGACCACGGUAACAACACAAGGCUUCCCCAUUCACACCGGCCAGCACAUCCCAGGUUGCAGUGCACAGCAGCUCCCAGCAUGCUCAGUGAUGUUCAGCGGACAGCACUACCCACUCUGUUGCCUCCCCCCCCCCCUGAUCCAGGCCUGUGCCAUGCAGCAGCUCCCUGUCUCCUACCAAACGUUCCCACCGCUCAUUUCCAGCGACCAUUACAUCCUGCACCCUCCACCGCCUGUGCCACCACACCAGCCUCCACACAUGGCUCCCCUCAGCCAGUUUGUCCCGCUCCAGCCCCAGCAUCCUCGCAUGCCACUACAAAGGAUAGAAAAUGAGGUAGAGCUUCGGGGUGAACAGCACUCUAUUGGAGGCUUCUCAUACUCUGCUUCUCACCAUACUCCUGCACUGUCUCCCUCUGUGCCACUACAUUACCUUCCGCAUACCCAUGACCCGCUGCACCAGGAACUGCCCUUUGGCGUGCCAUAUGCACACAUGAUGCCCCGGCGACUGAACACCCAGCGAUACAGAUUGCAGCAGCCACUGCCACCCCCACCGCCCCCACCACCUCCAUACUACCCAAGCUUCCUGCCAUACUUCCUAUCGAUGCUUCCCGUGUCACCAACAGCGGUGGGGCCCACAAUAAGUUUGGACUUGGAUGUGGAUGAUGUAGAGAUGGAAAACUACGAGGCAUUGUUGAAUCUGGCUGAGAGGCUAGGAGAGGCCAAGCCCCGGGGACUCACCAAAGCAGACAUCGAACACCUUCCAUCUUACCGCUUCAACCCAGAAAGCCAUCAGUCAGAGCAAACCUUGUGUGUUGUGUGCUUCAGUGACUUCGAAGUAAGGCAGCUGCUGCGAGUUCUGCCCUGCAACCACGAGUUCCAUGCUAAGUGCAUCGACAAAUGGUUAAAGGCAAACCGCACGUGCCCCAUCUGCCGGGCAGAUGCCUCAGAAGUGCACCGGGAGGCCGAGUGAGGCUCGUCGACACACUGCUGCACAACUUCACUCCAGGAUACGGACCUUGGACCAGGGGCUCGGGCCAGCCUGUUGUGCUUAGCCUCUGGGGCCUCUCCUGGGAUGUGGUGAGAAUAUAAGCAAUGUAUGACACCCCUACCCCUCCCCCCCCCGUGGCAUGGACUGGGCCUGGUGGUAGAGCCAGCUCUGCAGUGUCACGCUUUGUUAGGGGGAGGCAUCCCUGUGUGCUCCGCACUCCAAAGACUUUCCAUCCUCGCGCCAUUACUCUCCAGGUGUUUUUGCAUUCCUUUUGUUUGUUUUCCUUUCUUGUUUGGUUUUGUGGCUGUCUGACCCAGAUGUUUAGUCUGAACUCUUCCCCUUCUGGCAUCACCAGAUCAGGCCCUUCAAAGCAGAGCAGCUGAAAGGUGGUGAUGAUCAGGGUGAGGGGGUGCGUGAGGAGACGGGUGAGGAAGCACCCACUUCAUUCUCACCAGCCGCUUGCCCAGAGCAGUGUUGCGCCGCAGGCAGCAGGGAGUGCUUGGUUGCAGCGCUGAUGUGAGCAGCCUGAGGCCUUCCCAAAAACCUUUGGGGGUGGGAGUUGCCCCCACACAAAUCAUGACCUACUGCCCCCUUUUUUUUUUCCUUACGUGCACUCAGAAGCACGCACCAUCUUCCCCUUCCUGCAUGCUGGAGAUGUUGAGUGGAGUCCAGGUCUGUUCUCACAAACUUAGCAAGGUGGUGGAGGAACAAAACAGGGCUGAGCGGGUCCGCCAAUAUUCCACCCCACCUCGCUCUCCUUCUGUGCUGUGAAGCAAUGAUUUGGGGGGGAAGGGAAGACCCAUUUCCCUUAAAAGCUGGAGCGGGGGACAGUGUGUGUGUGAGAAUCCUUGCAAUGAAGCAGCUGGCUCUGUUUCAAACAUGCAUAUAUACAUGCAUAGAGAUGGUGGCUAUCUUUCUGAGGCCUUUCUUUUGGGAUUGACAACCAUGUUAUACCUAUAGCUGAUGAUUCUUCCUUUCCCUUUUCCUACAUCCCAGUUUUUUCCUUGGAUCCCUCUUCUAUCUUGGCACCCAUCUCCAUGAAACCUCCACGCCGCCCCUCCCCCCAAAAAUCAGGUUUGUGCCGGUGUUUCCCUCAAUAUUCAUGGAAGAGUGCCUGUGUUUAUUUCCCUUCCUCCUACAGGGAAGGGGGAGAUGCUCAGCAGACUGAAGCCGAAGCUUUUAGCACUCCUACUGUAGAUCCCACCCACUCUUUUGUGGCUAAGCCCCUGAAAGCUGUUGGGCAGCUGUGAGGCUCUUCGCAGCAGGAUCCUGGGCACAGAGCAGAUGGGGAGUUAUUUAUUAAUCUUCUUGUUGUCUGCCCUUGCACUAGCUGCCAUGGGGAAAGCCCAUCUGGCGACCUCUCCUCCCUCCACGAUGCAGUGCUGCAUCAGCUUUCUCUUCUGGAUGGGACCAGGCAGACAUUUUCAUUCCUUUCUCAUGUGCCUGCCCUUCUGUCUCUCCCUCCCCCCCUCCAAAAAUAUAUAUCAAGUUUGGCCUGCCACUACCACCCCAGUGAGUUUUUUCUGCAUGGCCUGAUGCUUGUGCUCUGGGUCAGGUGCCAUGGGUGGGGGUUUUUUUUGCCAUGACGAGCAUACAACGAGUUGUGUGACUUCCUGUCUCUCUGUGCACAUAUGUGCAUGUGUGCACACAUGAUCCUACCUAGAACACCUGCUGAUUUGAAGCAAGAAAGCAACCAACCUGCCACCGUUUUACAGAAACCUGUUUAAAAAAAAAAAAAAAAAAAAGUUGUUUUGCAUGAUUAUACCAUGGAGCAAGAGAGAAGCCCUCGCUGUGUAGUUGGUUUGUGUUCUGAAGCCUGGCAGGAGGACUCUUGAGAGGACGACAAAAACCUAAUGUAAAUGUUCACAAAUUAUGCAUGCAUGUUAUGACCAGCUUGGAACUUGGUAUUGGCUAAGUCUCUAGCCAGCUGUGGGGUGAUGGGGGGUGGUGGGAAGAGGGAGUUCUUUGUGCUCAGCUGAUUACUGCCAUGCACUGUACUGCACAUGUCCGCAACGCCUCACAAGGACCGUUAACGCUUUUCGGGGCAUUUCUGUCUCCCCUUCUCUCCCUGCCACCCUCCUCCAAAUUAGAGAUGGGUUUGAAACCUGGUUGGGUCAGGAGGCGGCAAUGGGUGGACUUAAUCUUGAGGUAGGCUUGCAAGGUUCAGUAUAUUAAUCGUGGGGGGGGGGAGAGGUGAUUAGCAACCUUGAAAGGAGGGAGGCGGUUGUCAGGUGCAGCUUCCGUUUUACGGUGCUGCAGAGAUGAGAGAAGUUGCACCUGCUGACAUGCUCUGCUCUCUCCCCAAACCCCCUCCUCCUUGCCUCUUUACAGCUAUUACCAGCAUUGGGAGCCUUAACUCGACAGGGCAAGUCUGGUGGUGUGGCUCUCGUCAAAAUUCCUCCACCAGCCACAAGGUGGAGCCCUGCUCUCUUUUUGUCCAUUCUCUUAUCUUCUUUCCCUCCCCACCCCAUGGAUUCAGUGAUUCCUGCAGCUUUAAUUGGCAGUCACAACCUGGCUUUCUAGUUCUCUUUCCCCCUCACCUUUUGAAAUGGAUGGCAGCAAAUGAAAGCACAAGAGCCUUUGAUGGGGCCAUGCCUUCCCUGCUCACCCAGCAGCAGAAACCAUUCCUGGGCCUUUCCAGAUAAAUUGGGGUAUCUUCCUCCUGCUCCUCCACAAACCUACUCUAGAAGGACAAGCAGGUCAGAUGAAUGGAUGGGCUAGGAGCAGCCGUGUGCACUCUUCUGGCUCCUCAACCCAUUCUCUGGUGCUUGCUCUGAGACUCAAAGGAACCAUGCGACUGCAGAAGAGGCACUGAUGAGUGGAGCUGGUGGAACGAACAAAUAAAUGGGCUGUUUAUUUGGAUUGGUCUGUGUCUGCCUAGGAGUGGGGCUUGUAAAGGAGAGCUUCCUCCAACGUGGCUCUUUGCUGUCGGGUGUUCCGAGUUCUGAUGGUGGCUGGGGAGGGGAAGGGGCCUCUCUUAAAACAGUGGGCAAGUGCAGCAUAGCUGCCGGCAUUUCUCCCCCCCACCGCCCGUUUUCUUCUUCUGAGCACACCGGCUCUCAGCAAUACUUACCUCUGAAGCAGGGGAAAGUCUUUUUGGGUGUGGCUGGAGCUGCCAGGCCUUUUGCCACUGGUGCUCACAGCCAUUUUCCCCUGGUAUUUGCUGGAGUUCUUGAUCUGCUUGAGGUCAGGAAGUCCUUAGAGGUGCUAGGAGGGUGGAGUUUGGGAAUUUUUAAAUUACUUUUUUCCUUCCCCCUUCUCUUCAGUCAUAGUCCAGGAAUGAUCUUCAGUCCUUUAGCUCUGGAGCUAGGUUAGUCAGAGAUCCAGAUGGGCAGGCAGGAAGCAGCAAGGUAGGUUUUAUUACAACGGAAUAGCAAUCCUUCUUCUUCGAGAAGCGGCUAGCCAGCUGCCAGACCAGCAAAUUAGGAACCGAACCUGUUGAACUCUGGGCAGGCCCCAGCUUGCUUUCUUAAAAUAAAUAAAUUGCCUGAAUUUGUGAUGAAUGAAGACAUUUUUAAAGUCUCCCCUGCCCCUUUGUUUGCGGUUAGGCUGAUGUAGGUUAGUUAAAUGGUGCAGUCAUUUGGAUAAGGUUAAAUAAUUAAAUCAUUUCCUUCUCAGCCCAUUUUUCAGAGGGUUGGAAUAGCUGCAGUUGGACACCUAAGCCAGGUCCUGGCCCAUGCACACGCACACACACACACACACACACACACACACAGAGGAAUGGGCCAUUUGCCAUAUAAAAACUGCACAGACACCAGCAACCCUUCUUUUUCCAGUCCUCUUGUGACCAGUCAGUUCUCCCCUCUCCCUCACAUGUUGAGCCAGUGCCUUGUCAGACCCACCUCCUUCCCCAGCCUUUCUCCUUGUUUCCCAGCUUUUUAAAUGAAAGUGAUUAAUAAUAACUUAUUUCACAUGACACAAAUAACCAAAGGUCUUUACUGUAUAUAAAAACCACCAAGGAGGUGUCUGUAUAUUUAUAGCCAAUAAGAGUAGUGCCGAUGCCCAUCUGUUUCAAACACUCUCUUCUCCUUCCCUGCCAUCUUUUUUUUCUGCCCAGAAAGAUUAUUUGGGGCUGGGGAGGGUAGAAAAGCCUUACGGUUCUUCUGGUGGUGACUUGAAGGCUCACAAGCUCGUGUGCUGCAGAAUUUAUUCCAAUGAGCAGCUAAAAUGAUCAUUUAAAAAGAAAAAACGAAAAAAAAUGACGAAGACAUUUAUUUAGGAUGUUUGUGAUUGCUGAUUGCGCUGUAGAUGCCCCUGUUUACCAUUGAUUUCCUGUGAUGGGAUAGUGGACUGUUUACUGUUCUGUUUUACCAGUCCCGGGCCCUCCAGAGGGAUAGCUCAGCUUCACCCCUACAAGGAGAGGGGCCUCCCUGUAGGGCACCAGGGCAUUUGUUCUGUGUUAGAAAGUUUAUAUAUAUAUAUAUAUAUAUAUUAUAUAUAUAUUAUAAAUAUAUAUAUAUAAUUUUUUUUGCUCUGUUACUUGCACAUUUUACAGUUACCUCAUUUUUCCCAUGUAUGUAUUUGAAAAAAAGGCUAAUAUAUAGAGAAGGAAAAAAGGUUCUUAAAUCUCUAAAAAAAGUGUUUGUUUUUUCCAUUCCAUUGGAAUCAUAUUGGUUUGUAGCAUUUAACAUAACUAGUAUGUUGUAUUAUAUAUAUGUGUAUUAUACUGAUUGAAAUUUUUAACAGAUUUGUACUUUUUUUAAAAUGAAAGUUGCUAGUUCUGCUUGACCAAGUAGUGCAAUCAUUAUUUUUUUUAAUGUUGUGGCUGAUU